AUGGAUAGAAAGGUCCUCGUAGUACAACAGAAACACUCCGUACGCCUUGAAGUCGAUGGCGUCCAUAUAAAACCAAACUUUGAGAUCCGAUCAGGCUCAGUUAUUGAAGUUAUCGGAAUGAAGUGCAUACGGACAUGGAUAGCCCUUGUAAUAGUUGUUUUGUCGGGAGGUUCGCGAGCUGCACGAAUUUUAGCAAUUUUCCCGGUACCUGCGAAAAGUCACCAGAUAGUCUUCGGUGCGUUGAUUGAAGGUUUGCUGGAACGAGGACACCAUUUAACAGUGAUGAGCCCAGAUCCUUUCAAAACGAACAAUCCCAACAUAACGCAAAUUGACUGGAACUACGCUUACAAAGUGAUUGAGAGUGCAUCCGAUGUGGCGAAGACUACCCAAGAAAGAUGGAGCUCUCUGAAGGUGGUAGAACAAAUGCUGCUAGUUACGAAGCUAUUUACGGAGGCAGAGUUGAAUCAUCCCACGGUGAAAGCCAUGAUCCAGAAUAGAAGCGAACAGUUCGAUGCUGUAAUCGUUGAGUGCUUCCAAAUAACACCGUUUCAUGCUUUUGCCGAAUUAUACAACGUUCCCUUGAUCGGAAUAACAUCCAUCGAUGCAAUUGCCAUAGCUCAUGGAACCGUUGGUAAUGUCGCUAAUGCCAUUGCGAAUCCAGAGGCAAAUAACAAAUUCGGCACCGACAUGACAUUUUGGCAACGGAUUGAAACAUUUAUCGGUAUGCUAGUUUUGAACUUCUACCUGUUUCCACGGGAAUUCGCUAAAUACGACAAAAUUAUCGAACAGUAUUUCGGUAGCAAUAUGACGAAGUCGGAGCAGCUGAUGAGCCGAAUUGACUUUCUGAUGGUCAAUGCGGAGCCGGCGCUAGGCUUUGUUCGACCAAUCGCUCCGGCCUCUGUACAGUUGGGAUUUUUACACGUUAAACCACCCAAAGCCUUACCCUCGGAGUUCCAGCAAUAUCUGGACCGUUCUAGUCGAGGAGUGAUUUAUUUCAGUUUGGGAACGCUCAUCCGAACUACAACGCUAAACCAAAGGAACGUGCAACUGUUUCUGGAUGUGUUCCGAUCGUUACCGUACGAGGUCCUGUGGAAGUGUGACGGACAGAUCGAUCUGAACGGAGUGCGUAACGUACGGCUGGUAUCGUGGUUGCCGCAGCAGGAUGUGCUAGGCGUUAUUACGGUGAGCACGGGGACGAACAUUGAUAUUAACCUCACGGAGCAAAGCGGGGCAGUCAAUCCUAUCAUUCAAAAUAUCAGCUAUCAUCAAAGAACGCGACAGCUCUCGUCGUACUUGUAG